GAUCGGAUCGGAUCGCGCCACCAUCACGAAUCGCGAGAGUUUUCAGAAGCUUGGAUCGAUUUGGGAAUUUAGGGUUUUUGUUUCAGCGAAGACGACAUAGGGAUUCGGCGAUGACGCUGCCUCCAGGACUUUAUUCCGGCACCAGCUCUCUUGCUCUUGUGGCUCGUGCUUCGGCUUUUAGCGUGGGUCUCGUCUACGGGAGCAUGAAGCUCAAGUUCUUGAAGAUGACGAAGCCUCACAAGGUUGAAGCCAAUGCUCAUAAUUAAACCAUUUUUUUCUCCCUUUACAAUAAAGCAGGUGGGGGGUUAUGUCUCCCCGUCCCGGUUAUCAAUUUUUCUUAUUCAUCUUUCAGCGCUAAAAAGAAAACAACUUUGUGUCUGAAAAGCUUGUUAUACGUUUCCUAAGACCUCUUUUUGGAGCCAAGUAUUUCCCACUGGUUUACAAAACUCGAGUCAAGAGCAUCUUUACCUUUUA